GUGCUACAAGCAGCCGCCCAAAGGCACCGAGCGCUGUGUACCAGGACCAGGCUUCGCGCAGGCGCACUGGCGGCUGCCGGGAGGGCUUCCGCCUCCCUGCUGCCGCCGUCGCCAUGGCCGCGCCGGCCCCCGGCCUCAUCUCGGUCUUCUCGAGCUCGCAAGAGCUGGGCGCGUCGCUGGCACAACUGGUGGCGCAGCAGGCAGCGUGCUGCCUGGCGGGGGCCCGCGCCCGCUUCACGCUCGGCCUGUCAGGCGGCAGCCUCGUCUCGAUGUUGGCCCGCGAGCUGCCCACCGCCGCUGCCCCCGCCGGGCCCGCCAGCCUCGCGCGCUGGACGCUGGGCUUCUGCGACGAGCGGCUCGUGCCCUUCGAGCACGCCGAGAGCACGUACGGCCUCUACCGGACCCACCUGCUCUCCAGGCUGCCGAUCCCCGACAGCCAGGUGAUCACCGUUAACCCCGAGCUGCCCGUGGAGGAGGCAGCUGAGGACUAUGCCAAGAAGCUGAGACAGGCAUUCCAAGGGGACUCCAUCCCGGUUUUCGACCUGCUGAUUCUGGGUGUGGGUCCCGAUGGCCACACCUGCUCACUCUUCCCAGACCACCCCCUCCUGCAGGAGCGGGAGAAGAUUGUGGCCCCCAUCAGCGACUCCCCGAAGCCACCUCCACAGCGCGUGACCCUCACACUUCCCGUGCUGAAUGCAGCUCGAACUAUCAUCUUUGUGGCAACUGGAGAAGGCAAGGCAGCUGUUCUGAAGCGCAUUUUGGAGGACAAGGAGGAAAACCCGCUCCCCGCCGCCCUGGUCCAGCCCCGCACUGGGAAACUUUGCUGGUUCCUGGACGAGGCAGCAGCCCGACUCCUGACCGUGCCCUUCGAGAAGCAUUCCACUUUGUAACUGGUGCCGAGAUGCUACAGCUGGGACCACGCACAGCCCGAGUGGGCCGGGAUCUUCCCAGUCUGGGCCCCGCUGCCAGCCCACUCCAGGCUUCAUUUUAGAAAAGCCGAGUGGUGCCACUGGAAGCCGAUAGGGUCUGGCCACCAGCCCUGCCCAGGGGCUCAGCCCAUGGGCCGUGGCUCUGGGUGACUCAGUUAUUAAAAGGAACAUCUCUUUGAAGUCUC